UUAGUGACCUCGGAGAACUUGUGGCCCAGCUCAAGCUCUUGGAUUCAAAAUGCGGCCCUGAAGGAAAACUAAUUGAAUAGCCCUGCUGUAGGCUGUUGGUUCGUGCUCUGAAAGAUAAAUCUUUUCCUCUAAAAUGAUAACACUUUUUUGUGAUGUUUAUUAAGUGGGUGCAUCUACGGUGAAACAUUGUUAAGUGAUGGGUGUAGUAAAGUUCCUCUGUGUCAGUAACCGUCUCCUCUCCACACAGAGGCAGGUCUGGCUUCUCUGCGUCAGAAGGGGGAGCUGUUGCUUGAGCAGAUGUGCAGCCAGCAGUCAUGGUCUCUGGAGGAUACCAGAAGUCCAGCCGGAGAACAGCAGGACAACGUCAAAUUUUAUUUCGAUCAUACUUGUACUAAUAGAAAGAGCACUAUCUGUACCUGAUACUCAUUUCACCUGAGUACUCAACUCACCGUACCUUCACCGUGUGCACUAUGGAGAAUUAAAUUUGUUGAUGCUGUUAAAAUGGACUCCCCUUUUUCCCAGCUCCCAAGGAGGACCAGUGCAGAUUAACAGCAGAGUGCAGUCCAAAACAAAGAAGAUUUAUUUUUCUUAUUAAUAAUAAACCAACAAAGAACUGGGAGUGGUGAGACUGGCAGCUCCCUGAACCUCGCCUGCAACAGGACAUGUACUGAAGUUGUCUGACUGAGAAACAACAGAGCACACAGAGGAGGCAGUACAUGAACAUAGCUUCAACAACCUCAAACUGUUGACUAUGAGUGAACGCUUUAGAGAAAGCUACUCCGGGUCCUCGCCCCCACAGCUCAGACUUGUUCUUUUGGGAAACAUUGGCUGUGGAAAGACUUCAUCAGCAGACACCAUACUGGGCCAGCUGUCCCCUGUCUCCCCCAGUGCUUCCAGGAGCUGUCAGCUGCGACAGGGCACCUGUAAUGGCAGGAAUGUCACUCUGGUGGAGGCACCGAGAUGGUACUGGACUGGUGGGAAGAUGGAGGACAGCGUCAGGAAGGAGACGGAGCGAGCGAUGAGGCUAGUAGCACCGGGCCCACAUGCUCUUUUGCUGCUGGUGCCUGUUAACCAGUUCACAGAGAUGGAGGGUCGGGUACCUGCAGAGCUGAAGGAGGUGUUUGGGGAGGAGGCACUGGAUCACGCCCUGGUCUUGCUGACCUGUGGGGACUACUUGAUGGGAAGAAAAGUGGAGGAAUACCUGCAGACAGAACACCCAGGCCUGAGGCAGAUGAUUGAGCACUGUGGAGGGAGGUACCAUGUCAUAAAUAACCGUCAGCGGCAGAACAGAGACCAGGUCCAUGAGCUUCUGGAGAAGGUGGACCACAUGGUGAGGAAACAUGGGGUUUAUUAUAUGAAAACAGCCGAGGAGAGAGAGCUGGAGAAACGAGUGAAAGACAGAAAGCGAGAACUUAUGGAAAAUUACAGAGCUCAAAAGGAGGAGAGAAAAGAGAUGAUCGCUUCAAAGCACAUCCCAAACACAGAAACACAGAGGAGCAGUGAUGGAGGAGAGGAGUACAGCACCACUUUGGAGAGGAGGAGAAGAGAAGAGACAGAUGUGGUGGAGGGAAGAGUCGGUGUGAGCGAAGUGUCAAAUGGACUUCAUUCACCUCCAGCACCAGAGCCUCAUGAUGUCAGGCAAGAGAAGAGGACACCCAGUUUCAGACUAAAUGCAGAUGGAGCCAUACUCUCACAAAUGUCUGAGGAGAAAUCAUCUCCAAAAGUGAUCAGCAUGUUUCACCAUAGAAUCAACAGCUUUGAAAAUCGAUCCCCUGAGCCAUCUCCGACCUCCACUUCUCAUUCGCCCGUCUUCUCCUCCUCACCCCCCCACUCUCCAAACCUUGCCUCCUCUCCCACCUCCACCUCCUCAUUCCCCUCAUCCGCCUCAUCCUCCUCAUCCCCCUCAUCCUCUCCGGAGCUACGCCUGGUGCUGCUUGGGCGAUCUGGAGCUGGGAAGAGUGCAGCUGGCAACGCCAUACUGGGACGGGAGGAGUUUGAGUCACGGCCAGAAAGCCUCACAGCGAUCACUAAGGAGUGUGAGAAAAAGAAAGGCCUGACUGAAGGAAGACAGGUGGCAGUGGUGGACACCCCAGACUGGUUUAAUUCAGAGCAAACUCCAGAUGAAGUGCGAGCUCAGAUCUCCACCUGUGUUACUUUGUCCAGUCCUGGUCCUCAUGCCUUCCUCCUGUGUGUGCCAUUAGACCAGCCAGCAAAGACAGAGCUGCAGGCUCUCGGAGCGCUUGAGUCUGUUUUUGGCCCAGAGGCAGUCCAGAAACACACUCUGGUCCUCUUUACUUAUGCAGAUAGACUGAAGGAGAGCGGGAAGGCUGUAAACGACAGCGUGGAGGCAUACAUUGCUGGUCAGCGAGGAGAUUUGUUAAAGCUUGUGGAGAAAUGUGGGGACAGGUUUCAUGUGAUGGAGACGGAAGGAGGUUGGAGGAAGAAGAAGAAUGUGGCAGAGCUUCUAGAGAAGGUGGAGCGGACAGUGAAGGAGGCUGGAGGACAGUGUUACUCUUGUCCUGCUUUUCAAGAGGCGGAGAACAGAGUGAGGCAGAGACAGGUGGAGAUAGCAAGGGAGAGAAAGGGAACAAAACUAGAGAAAGAAAGACAAGGAGAUGUUAGUCAGCCCAGCUCUGAGAGGAGGGUACUUUAUCCCUACAUGCAGACUGUGGCUGAGGCAGAAGAGGAAGUGAGAGAGGAUGAGAUUGAGAAAACAAGGGAUGAGGCAGAGAUGAGUGUAAGAACUGUGAAUAUCGAGAGCCUUCCUCCUGUUACGCUAUCCACCAUGUCUCCUUCACUCCUCCGUUCCAUAAUGGAGAAAAUGGAGUCUAGUGCAAAGAAUUUACCCAAGCUGCUGGCAGACAGCUCUGUGUGGGUCGGCGAGGGAGCAAAGAAGGUGAAAAGUAGUCCGGUGUGGGGGACAGUCAGUGGUGGAGCGCAAAAUGUCCAGAAGAUGGUGGUUGAUAGUUCUGUGUGGGGGAAGGUGGGAGCUAGUGCCGGACAUGUGUCCAAGCUAGUAGGGGAUAGAGUUCCCAAGGUAGUGGUGGAUGGUUCUGCAUGGGUGGGAUCUGGGGCAAAGGCAGCGGCAGCGAGUCCCGUGUGGGAAAAAGUUGGUUCAGGGGCCAAACUAAUGGCGGACAGCUCAGUGCGUGUCGGAGCCGGGAUUGGAACCGGGGCAAAGAAUUUGGCGCAGAGUCCUGUGUGGGGGAAAGUAGGAUCUGGGGCCAAGACUGGAGCUAAACUGGUGGCUGAAAGCUCCGUGCGAGUUGGAGCUGGAAUUGGUGCCGGUGCGAAGAAGGUGGCACAGAGUCCAGUCUGGGGGAAGGUGGGCUCUGGGGCCAAAGCAGGGGCCAAAAUGGUGACUGAGAGCUCAGUAUGGGAGAAAAUUGGGACUACUGCUAAACAGGUGCCCAUGGUAGUCAUAUUGGGUGCAUUGCUGGGUCUGGUACUUGGCGUGUUUUUGGGGGGGGUAAUUGGCGGAGCUGUUGGGGCAGCUGCUGGAUCUGCUGUAAGUGAAGUGGGCAGACGAAAAUUCCGCAACAAAUCCAUGUUAGAAAGGACAGAUGAAUCUGCAAAAAAUUUGGAAGCAACAGUGAAUGAUAGCGUGGACUCUCUGAUAAAACAAGGAGAGAAGGUGCUGAAAACUGAAUGAUGGGCUGAAUGUAUAUAAAAUUUAUAACAAAUGUAAUUCCUUUUGGAUUAGUACUGUGUAUAGUGUGAAAACUGUGGUCAGUUUAUUUUCCUUUUCAUGUUGACAGUUUCAUUCUUUUAAGGCUUUCUUCCAUUCAUUUGUUUUUGUUUCUUUCUUUUUGCAUUCAUUCAUAUGAAUGAUGAUAAACUGAUCUAAAUCAAGCUAAAUUAAUUUGUUAGGACAAAUAUUCAAGUGUUUGUCUUCUAUACUGUGUGAAAGGUGUCAACUUCUGUAUGAAAAUAAAGACGAAAUUAAUUUUUC